GAGAGAGAGAGAGCGUAGAGGAGGGUGGACGGAUCGCCUUUCAUCCACAGAGCUUUUCAGCGGCGGCUGAGCGCUUUAGCCGCGCAGGAACAUUUAUUCCAGCCAACUCUCUCAUCCGGGUCUCGUUCUUUCUCCUCGUCUCCUGCGGGUUCAGAGUUGACUUUCUUCUGGGCUUCUUGAAGCAGCAGCCAGAGCAACACAUGCCUCCCGCAGAGAGGAGCCGCGGCUGAGAGAGCAAGAGCGCAGCGCCGUCUCCAUCACCGCCUCACUGUCUCCGUCCUGCCGGGGAUGAUGUCUGCGCCGCCGCGCAACAAGUCCGGGCUGUUUUUCCCCCGUUGACCGUUGAUGGCGGCGGAAUGGAGAUAGCCUUGGUGAGUUUUGAGAACGGCGGCGCUAAGGGGAGCGGCGGCGGUGGAGGAGGAGGAGGCGGCAAUGCCGAGGGGAGCUGUCGGAACGUACUGGAGGUCCCUCAGCCGGGCUUCGUUCAAAGCGGACUGGGAGAGGAGUUCGGUAAGGAGCUGAACACCCGGGGGAGUCCUCAGCAGCAGCAGCAGCCGCCGCGCAGCCCCUGGAAGAUCAACGACAUGAACAACACUCUGAGUUGCAGCGAGAACGCAAUGGAUGCGCUUUUACGCGCGGACCACAGUCCCCACCUGUUCGACGAGGACAUGCUGGACAUGGACAUGGACACGGAGAGCAACGAGAGGGUUCUCAUCAACAUAGCAGGGCUCAGGUACGAGACCCAGCUGGGCACCCUUAACCAGUUCCCAGACACGCUGCUGGGAGACCCGACCAAGAGGAUCAAGUACUUCGACCCGCUGCGGAAUGAGUACUUCUUCGACCGCAACAGGCCCAGCUUCGACGGGAUACUUUACUUCUAUCAGUCCGGGGGGAAGAUCCGCAGACCCGUGAACGUGUCCAUCGACGUGUUCGCGGAUGAGAUCCGGUUCUACCAGCUGGGAGAGGAGGCCAUGGAGAGGUUCCGGGAGGACGAGGGGUUCAUAAAGGAGGAGGAGAAGCCGCUGCCGCAGAACGAGUUCCAGAAGCAGGUCUGGCUCAUCUUCGAGUACCCGGAGAGCUCCAGCCCAGCGCGGGGCAUCGCCAUCGUGUCCGUGAUCGUCAUCACCAUCUCCAUCAUCACCUUCUGCCUGGAGACACUGCCGGAGUUCCGUGACGAGCGGGAGCUGGCGGUGACCAGCCGGCUGGACAACAGCACGGCACCGCGGCCCUCCCUCACCUUCACCGACCCCUUCUUCAUCGUGGAGACCACCUGUGUCAUCUGGUUCACCUUCGAGCUGUUUGUGCGCUUCUUCGCCUGCCCCAGCAAGUCUGAGUUCUCCAAGACCGUCAUGAACAUCAUCGACAUCAUGUCCAUCAUGCCUUACUUCAUCACGCUGGGCACGGAGCUGGCGGAGCAGCAGGGCCAAGAGCACCAGAACGGCCAGCAGGCCAUGUCCCUGGCCAUCCUCAGGGUCAUCCGUCUGGUCCGGGUCUUCCGGAUCUUCAAGCUCUCCAGGCACUCCAAGGGGCUGCAGAUCCUGGGUCAGACGCUAAAGGCCAGCAUGCGGGAGCUGGGCCUGCUCAUCUUUUUCCUCUUCAUCGGGGUCAUCCUCUUCUCCAGCGCCGUGUACUUCGCAGAGGCGGACGAGCCGGAGUCCCACUUCUCCAGCAUCCCGGACGCCUUCUGGUGGGCCGUGGUCACCAUGACCACAGUGGGCUACGGGGACAUGCGGCCGAUAACGGUCGGGGGGAAGAUCGUGGGCUCCCUGUGCGCCAUCGCCGGCGUGCUGACCAUCGCGCUGCCGGUGCCGGUCAUCGUGUCCAACUUCAACUACUUCUACCACCGGGAGACGGACCAGGACCAGUCCAGCCUGAAGGACGAGCCCAGUGGUGGGCCGGAGAGCCCAGAGGUGAAGCGCAAAGAGAGCAGGUCUCAGGAGGCCCAGGACGUGGAGAAGAACGCGGCAGACGGCGCCUCGGCGGAGAAGGCCAACAUCAAAGCCAACAGCAGCUUGGACUUCAAAAAAUCCCUUUACGCGUUCUGCCUGGAUACUCGGGAGACGGACCUGUAGCGCCGCGCGACUCUGGUUCCGUCUGAGCCACGAACUCAGUUCAAACUGAGAAAAACACAACAAGCACACUUCAAUCCCACCCCCCAUCAGUGCAUGCAUGCAGCAGAGCGGCCCUUUAAACCUGCAGGAGAACCUCCACCACAAGAACUCUGCGGGCGGCAGGAUGAAUUAGUGGGAAAUGGGACAUCAGGCCUCUGCUGGGGAUAAUCAGGGACAAUCAGGACUCGGGAUAAUUACUGGACAUGGCGAAGGAUUAACCACUCUGUGUACAUAAUGUAGUGGGAGAAAGAGAAAAUAAAAGAUUUUGUUUCUUCCUACACUUUGGUCAUGAUGUUUACAUCAAGCAGAUGUGUACAUACUCCCCACAUCCGGAUGGAUUUGGUGUUUAUUUCUUCUUCUUUUUUUUUUUUUUUGGAAGGAUAGAGUCUAUUUUUGAGAUGCAGACCCUCGCGUUUAAUGGAAGAAUUGAAAAACAUUAUUUUUUUCCCCUGAGGGUGGACCUCAGCCUUGUUCAUAUCCGAUCCAUUUAAACUGAAAAACCUUUUCUUCACAAAGGGGAAAAAAAUGGACAGAAAAUAAAGAAGAGACGACAGAGCAGAGAGCAUGUGGAGGAGUCAUCUCUGAUACCAGAGAGUCGAAGCCCUGCCCCUCCGACCAUCUAUCGGACUGCGGGACCGGAACCAUCUGCUGCGCUUCCAGUCAGAAUCAACAUUCCUGUUCUUGGAACUCUGUGCCUUCAACCAAAACUCAUCCUGUUUUGGGAUUUUUACUCUUCCCUUGCAGCAGCUUUGGAGGAUUUUUUUUUCCCUUCCUGAUGGAUGAAGGAGGGACUGGGAAUCGAGCUACUGUCUCUCUGUGGAAAUAAAGAAAGAAAAAAAAAAACAAUAAAACACAUCCAGGAUUUUCAUCUUUGGAUCGAUUUAAUGUGUUUCUUUUUUUUCUACAGAUCGUGUCAGUGAUUUACUUCCUAUUGGAGGAAAUCCCUCGCUGUGCAAUAUAAAUCCAUAUUUCUGUGAAGUUGUCAUGUGGAUGUAGAAUCUGGACGAACAUUUUGGUUUAUUUUUAUAAUAAUGUUUUUCCUGAUUUCUAUUUUUCUAAAAUGAAGUGAGACAGAUGAAGGGGAAAAAAAUAAAAGAAAAUUGACCCUUUGAAAACAUUUUAAAGGAGGACGGACGUUUGGAUUUUGGUUUUCCUCUGAUACACCCCCUUCCAAAGCCAUAGCCUAUCUCAGAUAACAGACAAUGCAUUCAGGGUCACUGUCUGGGGCGGACACAUCAGCUCGUCUCAGCUGGGGGAACUUUUUAGGUGAUGUCUUCUGUAAGUUCAGGCGCUAAAUCCGAAGUAUUUAGUAUUCUCUACCUUUGUGUGGCCUGCUCUUCUCGCUGUUCUUUUGUACCUACAUAUCAAUCAGGAAACAAGAAGUCAGAAAAAGCAAUGAGUACGUUCUCCAGAAAAAGGAUGGAGGACACUCUGAGUUCUCAAACAGAGUCUAAAGUAAGUGACAAAAUGUUCAAGGUGAGUUUACACUGCAGUUUAAAUACCUUUUUAGGUUUACAACUUACUUACUAACAGAUGGAAGAAUAUAACAGAAAACACUGCUUAAAACAUUUGGUUCAACGGGUUGCCACCAGUAUUUUCUGGGAACCUAAAUGUUACUUCCUGGAAAUUUAGUGGGUACUUUCUUAAUACUUAAAGGAUCCUUUCUUGGAAAUGACACGUUUUUUUUUGCAAAACUUUAUGGUUAAAUUUAGCUAACUUACAUGUUACUCUCGUAUGACUUUCCUUUAACAUAGACUGUAUUUUGCUGUAACGUACAAUUUAAUUUCGUUAUUAGAACCCCGAGGUUACUCUCCGAAAACCUACAAAUGUUGCCCUAUGCAGAACCAAAGACAAAAAAACAAAAAACAAAAUAACCUGUUUUUUUUUUGUGAAAAAAAUAAACUGUAACUCUUGGGAAAGUCCUUGGUAGGUUUCCAGGAAAUCAGUCUGUAAGUUUUGGUAAACCUCUAGGUUCAUGAAGCGUUUUUUUAAGUUCCAGCAAAAUUGCCAACUAGUCCAGAAAAAUUAUCUGCUAAUAAAAUUUAAAAACAUCCAUGAAACAGGCCUAUAAGACCUAAUGAGUAUAACUUUGGCUAAAAACUGAAUCAACAAAUGCUUUUAAAUAUAGAUGGAGUGUCAAAUUCUGGUUUUAAAAGGUUUAAAAAAAUAAUAAUUUCACAACUGAAAAAAAGGAAAAAUACCAGCAAUAUUUUCUAGACCUAUUUUUCUUGUCAUUCAUUUGGAAACUCAUUUGUGCUUAUUUUUAAAUAAUUUUCCACACAUAACAACGUCCAGUGGGAGAACAUGUAUCAGCCCUCAUUUAGCUAAAGCCUUAGGUUUUUCGUUAUUUCAAAACCUGAACUUAGAAAAUGAAAUGGUGGUUCUUUAAAAAAUGACAACAUAAAAAAUUUUGAACUGAGGGCAAAAAUGGCAAUUUGGCCAUAAAGUUCUGCUUUAAAGUAACUUGUAUGUUUCAGGAAAGGAACUAAGAAACCUAAAGUAACUUUAAGGUCACUGGAAAAUGCCCACAGUUAAUAGAAAAUAACCUACAAAUCCUGGCAGUACCCUUUAAGAUACAUGAAUGCAACCAGCCUUCCCAGGAAAAGCCUACUGAAAAUAGCCUGUAAGUUUCAGGAAAGUAAAAAAUAAGUUCUGCAAGAACCCUUAAAAAUCCCAGAAAAUAAACAGGAAAUGUGUUCCAGGAAAGUAAUUUGUAGGUUCUAGAAAUAUACAGGCUGUUUUAUGUCUUACCAUCAAUUUAUCUGUUCUAU